CUCUGACUGUUCACUACUUCUUCCACUCUUCUUUCUUCGUCUUGUCGUUGCUCCCCUGUUGUCAUUUUCAGGGUUUCCGUAAUAUUAUUAGUAUUAUUAUUAUUCCUUUCUUGCAACAUGGGCUCCGUGCUACCUGCAGACGCUCUGGCUCUCAAGGCUGGAUUUAAGUGUCCGCCCGGCAGCCGCUCGCUGUCGGACGUGAUCACCUCGGACAUCCUGCACAGUUUUCUGUACGGCAGGUGGAGGAACGUGCUGGGAGAACACCUGGCGGAGGAGCGGCACAGCGGCGGCGGCAGCGGCAGCAGCCCCAAGACCGCCUUCACCGCCGAGGUCCUGGCUCAGUCCUUCGUUGGAGAGGUGCAGAAGCUGUCCAGUCUGGUGCUGCCCAGUGAGGUGAUCAUCGCACAAAGCUCCAUCCCCGGAGAAGGUCUGGGCAUCUUCUCAAAAACCUGGAUCAAAGCAGGGACCGAGAUGGGCCCCUUCACGGGCAGAGUCCUGUCCCCCGAGCACGUGGACCUGCUCAAGAACAACAACCUCAUGUGGGAGGUGUUCAAUGAGGACGGCACUGUGCGCUACUUUAUAGACGCCAGUCAGGAGGACCAGCGCAGCUGGAUGACAUACAUCAAGUGCGCCCGCAACGAGCAGGAGCAAAACCUGGAGGUGGUGCAGAUCGGCAGCAGUAUCUUCUACAAAGCUGUGGAGACAAUCCCACCAGACCAAGAGCUUCUCGUGUGGUAUGGAAACACACAUAACACAUUCCUGGGAAUCCCGGGGGUCCCGGGCGCAGAGGAGGAACACCAGAAGAAGAACAGGAAUGAUGACUCCCACUCAUGUGAAAGCACCUCCUCAUCCUCCCCAUCCUCCUCCACCAGCACCACCACGGGCCGCAUGCGCUGCGUCAUCUGCCACCGUGGCUUCAACUCGCGCAGCAACCUGCGCUCUCACAUGCGCAUCCACACUCUGGACAAACCCUUCGUGUGCCGCUUCUGCAACCGCCGCUUCAGCCAGUCGUCCACGCUCCGGAAUCACGUCCGCCUGCACACCGGUGAACGGCCCUACAAAUGCCACGUAUGCCAGAGCGCCUAUUCGCAGCUGGCGGGCCUGAGGGCGCACCAGAAGAGCGCACGGCACAAGCCAGUGGCGGCCGGAGCCGACGUGGCCUCCCAGGUGUCUCCUCCACCCCCACAGAUGACCACGCUGAGCCACCAGCACCAGAUGCCCCUGGUGCACCACAUCCCCACCAUGGUACUAUGAUGACAGACACUCGAAGGGACAAAACAACGUUGCACUUUAGUUUAGAGCUGCGGUGGAGAAGAGAAAGGAGCUCCUUCACGAGUUUUUAAUGUGAACUCGGAGAGACGUGGCAGGUUGUUGCCUUACUUGCAGUUUUUGCUCGUUUCAGUCUCGUUUACUUCUCUGUAUAUUCUUAUAUCUGGACAAGUGAGACUUUUAUGUUUUUCAUAUUUUUGCAUCCACUUUCUUUCCCACAACAAACUCAUUGCCUCAGGUGAAUAGUCUCAAACAGCAGUAAGAGGUGUGUAUGUAUCAGUGUACAUUGUUUCAGGUGUAUCGUUCCACACUGUAAACUCAAAUUGCCACUUUAACCUUGUACAGACUGUAUACUAUUGAGAAAUGUGUAAUUCCAAAGUUGUAUACAUGUGAAUGUAAAU